ACGCCAUCUAUUCUCUACCUAUCCACCCACAUUUGUUGCCCCACCCCGCUCGACAACUCGAGGGACACGAGUCGACUCGAUGAGACAAUAGCACUUUGUUACCUGUGUUGUCGACAAAACUACCUACAUUGCCAUAUUUUGCGGUUGAGAUGCCAUUUCCCUCCCGUCAUCAUCUGAGCCUGUCUUUUCCAGAAACUUAUAGAGAGUUCUGAAACCCCAAUACAACGCGUUGCCGACGCAUCGAGUUCUUUUUAAGUCCAUUCCUGGAUGAUUGUCCCGCAACCGUCCACUCAGAAGAACUAGCCAACGACGCCACGGAACAGUGGAUUGACUGCCUGCACAAGACCGCGCCCAUUUCCCACGCCUCUUUCUGAUUGCGCUUCACGUUGUGGUCAGGCUCCUCGAGGUUCUUCAAAGGCCAACUGCAAUCUCUUUGUAUCCCCGGAGUCAACGGCUUAGAUUAGUUACAGGCCGAUCCACUGACUCCUGGAACCAACCUGGUCCUCGUGGUCUUGAUUGUCCCGCUUCGCUUCCGAGUGGAGAAAUUUGACGACAGUCGAACGAACUGUUACCCCAGACCUCACCCAUCACCUACUAUCUCCAGUCAAGCUCUAUCCGUUACGCUUAUUGUAGUUGAUUGCACGGACACUCUGCACUAUCAGUCCCUCAGGGCUUUUGCCGUCGAUACCUUGUGCUAGGUCGGCAUCUACAGACUUGGAAAAAAUGCCACGUCCGAGUUUCUCUCACAACCCGCUUUUGAGGGUGUCAAGGCCAGUGUCCGCUUGCUCUCGGUGCCGCGCUGCCAAGGUCAAGUGUGAUGGAAAACUCCCGGCUUGCACAGCCUGCGAAAAGGCUGGUCGUUCAAAUGAGUGUUCAGCAGCAAACGAUCAGUUCGCUCGAGGCAAGGAGAGAAGUUACGUGGCGGCCCUGGAAUUGCGCAUAGAGAAGCUUGAAAAACGGCUUCAGUUUGCAAAAUCACGCAAGGCAUCCGUUGCACUCCAUGAUACAGAUGCAUCGGCCUUGAAUGUGCAACAGAUGGACCGUAGAGACUCUCUUGCGCUCAUUCGUGCCGCUAUACAUCGCAAAGCGGCGCAAAAGCGGGAGACCUCCGAUGUCAACUCUCUUGUAUCCGACUUUGGCUUUCUUUCUGUCAAUGCGACAACGCGAGACUUUGAACCCAUAUCAACAAACAUGACUUUUGCUAGACUUGUCUUGGCGGCAACAACGAACGAUGCCCUUCCAGAGUCUGACCAAGCCCGCUUACCUCCAAGGCAGACUGCUCAUGUGCUGGUCCAGCAUUACAUGGACAACGUCUAUUCGUUGUUCCCCUGCUUUUCAGAAACCUCACUUUUAACCGCUCUUGACGACAUAUAUCAAGAAGAUACCCGGACCAUCAAAGACUCGGACUACUGGAUGGUGUACAUGGUCCUUGCCAUUGGCUCUACAGCCCAAAGCAAACGUAUCCAGGAUACACACUAUCUUACUGGCCUCGAGUAUGCGUCAAGAGCUAUGAACCAUGCCGAUGGUGCUCUCACCCCCGGAUACGUGACGCAAAUCCAGUCGCUUCUUCUUUUGACGCAGUAUGCCAUGUUGGACCCUGCCCACUUCGAUAGCUGGCAUUUGAUAGGUUUCACAGCCCGUGCGAUAGUUGACCUGGGUUUUCACCAAGACCCUCCUUUGUCUGCUGUCCCUGACAAAGCUUCUCUGGACAUGCGACGCAAGAUCUUUUAUUGCGUCUAUGCUCUUGACCGUGCCAUCAGUAUGGUCCACGCGCGAACAUUCUCGUUCACAGAUGAUACUGUCAAUGUUGCCUUUCCCCAGGCAUCUAGUAACAGGAGAAAGAGUUCUGCGUCAGGUCCCAUCACCGGUCCCCAACCCGCGGACCCUGCUCUACUACUCUUUCAACUCCGACGAGCACAAUCCCAUUGGUACCAGGAGUUGUACCAAUCAGGCUCAGUCCCUCUGCAGGAUCCAAUCUCCUAUAUUUGGAAAAUGUGUCUUGAUAUGCGCGAAUGGCAAGACACUUUACCGACAAAUCUGGCCCCUGAAAUCAGACAAUUGUUCGACCAAGAGCUGAGGUAUAGCUACGUCUACUGUAUUGCGCCCUCGGCCAGGGCACCCAGCAUUACCGACUAUAACCGUAUCCUGAUUUUUGAGCAUUCGAUGGCCUACCUUGACACUGUCCAUGAGAUAGCACAUGGUGCACAAAACUCCGGGUUCUAUACAUACCAUGACGUGUUGAGGGUCUAUUUUAUGGCGAAUCAGUUCCUCGCGGUUCUAAGAGAUGCAGAAGAUAUGCUUCUUUCGGGAAUGCCGGUUCCAAUUCCAAUUUCUCGCCCGGGUGCUGCACCUGCCCCUCCUCUCCCAAGGCGACUGCAACCGCAAGGGAUGAAUGGAGAGGAUAAUCUCGAUCGCAGCCUGAGAUGUCUCGAUAAGGUCUCACAGACAUUAGAUACCUACGGAGACCGUUGGGCAGAUGCCUCGACCUGGAGAGAAAGUUUUAGUAUGAUAUCCCAGGAAAUGGUGGAACGACUUUCGAGGCGAAAGCAAGCACGGGAUACCGCUAGAGAACAGUAUCAAUUACAGUAUCAAGGCAGGGGUAUACCACCCCAAACUCAGGCUGGUUUUUAAAUACAAAUCUUACAGCAGAUCAAGGAGAUGCCAUUGGGAGGAGUUGAUCUUACACAAAUGCUCACGGUGACGACCUCUGAUAAUACAUCCCAGGAGCUGUGUUUGGAAGAUGAGGGUAGAAACACUCCUCAUGUUUAACUCCGAAGCACGCUCUAGGAUUGAGGCUCUUAGGUUAGAUUUUGGGUAGAGUAAAAGCCUAAAUUCCUAGUAUGCCGAGAUGCAGUAUAUUAUACCUUGUUCAAUAUGUUGAUUAGGAGCUGGAGUCUGCAGUUAUGCGGUCCGGCCGACCCACACCAAUGAAAGCCAUAGGAAGUAAAGAAUUUGCGUAUAGACA